AUGUCCGUCCGACCAAGACGAGCAAUGUCACUCCCGGAUAGAGUCGGCUUUCCCAUCGGAAGUAGUCCAAAGAAUAUAACACCGAAGGAAGUCCUAUUGGAGAAAAGCAAGGUUCCCCAAGCAGUAAUACCGGAACCUAUCAAAAAACCUGACGAAGACGUCUGUGAGAUAACAGACACAAGUAUAGUUCGUGCACGUCCGAUAAUGCCGGCAGGACCUGUACCAUUAAAGGCUCCGUUCUACGCUCCAUUCCAUCCCGGUAGUGUCACGUAUAGUUUUGGACGAUCACCAAUCAAAUUCCGCUUCACUCCUGGGAAAUCUUCCAAUCUGUCCUUUGAAGAGUUUAAGCAAACACACCUCGGUCCCAAAAGGCCGGUAAGACGAAUCGAAUGUGUUGAUCUAGAUUCUGACCAGGAAGGAGAGAUGAUAACUGAAUCGCCGGCAACUAAACGGCAAAGAGUCGGACUCUCGCGCAGUAUACCAAUCUCCCGCGAAGUCAAGGGAGAAGAAGUUGGCAUAGCAAAUAGGGCAAUCUCCUCCGUCACAACGUUAGAGGUACGGCCUUCCACUACUGGACAUAUCAACCCACAACCAGAAAAAUACUCCGCCAACACGAUCGUAAAAUUGGCUGCAGCCCCUUCAUCCAAGGAGUCAACUUCAAUUUCAUCCCCUGAGAUGUACAAGAAAAUUCGCAACUGGCUUAUCCUGUACGUGAACGACCACACAGGUGCUUUUUCAGAAUCCUAUUGGGCCGCUUGCAAUCAAACCCUGAAGGAGGAAUUAGGUAUACCGGUCCAUAAAGACUUUCUGCAUAUCAUGUGGGACCAGAUCUGCAAGGCUUUGGCUGUCGCCGAGGCAAGAAAAAUGAGACAGGCUCUAAGUAUUAGCACUUCAAAGGUGAUAUCCCCAUAUUCUGCUGUCUUAUCACCGAAUAGCGGGUCUCAUCUUGUCAAGCAGAUUGAGAGUUCUUCUAUUAUUCAGCCUUCGGAAGUCAAUGCUCAGCAAUUGAAACGAAAGGCCAGCAGGGAACUUGACAUGGCCGACGAAGAGAGCAGAAGUUUUAAAUUUACUAAGCCCUCCCCCAAUCAUGAAGAGUCAGUCAACGUUAAAUCGGAGAGGGAUAUUCGAGAGAAGCUUUUUUUAACUCUGCUUUCCUCGUCCGGCAUAUCCCCUGCACCUCAAUCCCCGACCCCGGACCGUGCACCGCGCCCAGCACCGAAAGCAAUACAUAAGAAGCUGUUGACUUUCUUCUCUCAGUUCGACUACCCAUCCUCAAUCAUCGCCAUCGGGAGUGAGCUUACUAUAGACCAGGCACACUGGCUCGUUGCUUACGAGUUGACAAACUCGCCGCCCCAGACAGAACGGAAGCCGAAUGGGUACUGGAACACUACAACAAAUCUAUUCAACAGUCGUUUUUCCGUAAACAGAGAGAAAAAGUCUAUCACAGAGACGACGGCGCGUCUCAUGAGACACUUCCGAGAGGAUUCCAGGUAA